CAGGGGACAAAAGACAGGACAGAAAAAGGGAGAGAAGACACGGGUUUUAGAACUAGGGUCCCAGCAGCUGCAGGCAUUUGAACAGGUGCACAUUCCUAAACUCCUAGUCAUUUCCUCUGCCACCGGAUCCCAGCUUACUUGGGUUGUGAAGCCAGUUUAGGGAGAGCAGAGAGAGAGUGAAAAGCAUGAGCCCAGGAGUGUGGUUGCUGGGAACCCUAGGGGUCCUGUUCUUCAUGGACGGGGCAAGCGGCACUUCGGGCGAGGGUCAGCUCCUGGAAAAGCUUUUCUCGGGUUACGAUAGCUCUGUGAGGCCCGCCCGGGACCCUGGAGACCGCGUGCCCGUCAGCAUCGGCCUAACCCUAGCGCAGAUCAUCAGCUUGAACGAGAAAGACGAGGAGUUAAUCACCAAAGUGUAUGUGGACUUGGUAUGGACUGAUUACAGACUAAGCUGGAACCCUGAAGAACAUGAGGGAAUAGAAUCAUUGAGGAUUGCAUCGGAUUCCGUGUGGCUUCCAGAUAUAGUGCUCAUGAACAACAAUGAUGGAAACUUCGAUGUCUCUCUAAACAUUCAUGUGUUGGUGACUUCAGAUGGCUCCGUGCACUGGCUGCCUCCUGCCAUUUACCACAGCAGCUGUAGUAUCCAGGUCACCUACUUCCCCUUCGAUUGGCAGAAUUGCACUAUGGUCUUCAGUUCUUAUAGUUAUGACAGCUCUCAGCUCAACCUAAGCCCGGGGCUUGGUCUGGAUGGACAGCAGAGGAGCGAGAUCUACAUUCAUGAGGGAAAUUUCAUCGAGAAUGGCCAGUGGGAAAUAAUCCAUAAAUCUUCAAGACUGAAUGGUCCCUCAGGAGAGGGGCAAAGAGGGAAGGAAGGAGAGCACCAGGAUGUCACCUUCUAUCUCAUCAUCCGACGAAAACCACUCUUUUACCUGGUCAAUGUCAUAAUUCCCUGUGUACUCAUCACUCUCCUUGCCAUUUUUGUCUUCUACCUACCCCCAGAUGCUGGGGAGAAGAUGACACUCUCUAUCUUUGCCUUGCUGACCUUGACGGUUUUCCUGCUGCUGCUGGCCAGUAAGGUUCCUGAGACAUCCCUGGCUGUUCCUAUCAUUGUCAAGUACCUCAUGUUCACAAUGAUUCUGGUCACCUUCUCAGUCAUACUCAGUGUUGUUGUCCUCAACUUGCAUCACCGGUCCCCUCACACCCACCAAAUGCCCCUCUGGGUUCAUCAGAUCUUCAUCCACAAACUCCCCUGGUAUUUGGGUCUGAAGAGGCCCAAGGUAGAGCGAACAUUGAAGCCAGAACCUCCUAUCCUGGCACUCAGGGAUUCUCAAGGCAGUGGCUGGGAUCGAGCCACUGAUGAAUAUUUCAUCCGGAAGCCUCCAGGGGAUUUCUCAAAAAGUAACAGGUUUCAACCUGAGCUCUCCCCUCCCGACCUUCGGCGUUUUAUCAACGGGGCUCCAAGUGAGAGUCCAAAGCUGCCCUUGGAACUGCGGGACGUUGUGACCUCCAUAAACUACAUCGCUCGUCAAUUACAAGAUCAAGAAGACUACGAAGACCUGAGGGAGGAUUGGCAAUAUGUGGCUAUGGUGGUGGACCGACUCUUCUUGUGGACUUUCAUUAUAUUCACCAGCGUGGGGACACUCAUUAUUUUCCUGGAUGCUUCCUACCACCUACCCCCUUCCGACCCUUUUCCCUAACGUUUCCUCUGAGCCCUCGAGAGUAGCUGGUGUGGAAUCUUCCGCAGAAACCCAGUACCUGGAUUGUCUUCUUUCUCCGUUUCCUUUGUCGUGAUACAAAACUCCAAUUUAAAAUUCCUUACUGGGAAGUGUCCCAGCUUUUUAUUUUCCCUUUUAAAUCUUGUAUGCUCUGAUUGCAAUAUAUAACUUUUAUCAGAUUGCCAUUUAGACUUGUCUUGAGGAGAGUGGAGGACUGGGAGGGAGGGAGAAAAAUUUGGAACUCACAAUCUUAUAAAAAUGAAUGUUGAAAACUAUCUUUACAUAUAAUUGGGAAAAAUAAAAUAUUGGCCAAAAGAAAAAAAAAUCUCAUGCUCCCAGCCCAAUUCCAGACUCUCUGCAGUUUUUCUUAAUAAAUGUUUGUUAUAUAUCGUAAAACAAAUGAAUCUUAAAAAAAAAAAAAAAAAAAAAAACCUUUCCAAGCUAGACUGCUUUGGGAAUGGAUGAUUUAAGCAAGUACCUACUUAUCAGAUGACUUUGAGUAGCACACAAAAUUUUAUUACAUCCAGCUAUGCCUGAAAAUUUGCCAUCAUAGGCUUAGUCUUUUCGUUCUUGAAAGCUUUUCCUAGGUUAGAAUUCUCUAUUUACUAUGGGCUCAGGUUAGGUGACACUAGAUGGAGAGCUGGUGACAAAAUGUAGGAGGGAAUCCUAAGCCUUCUGGUGACAAAAUGUAGGAGGGAAUCUUAAUCCUUUUUCAGUCUCAUUUCUGAGGCUAGGAUGAGGGACAUUUACAGGUGAGAAGUAGGGAGAUACAGACAAAAUCAAACAGGGAGAAACAUGGGAGAGAAUAGGGUGGAUCCUCAGACUAGGGGAAAUUGAACCCAAUUUCUUUUCAAAAAAGAGAAGAUGAUCCAAAUACCAAAGUUAGAUUACAGAGGUAUAAGGGAAGUCCAGAGAAUUGGAAGAGGGUGUUUUUUAAUCCCAUUUCAGAACCACUUUUCAGACGCAGCUAGGACUUCCCAAUUCCCAGCGGUUUUAGAGACUGCAAUGGUGAGCGGUAUUUUGUCAUCAAGAGCUGCUAGGAGUUGGCUGCAGUCAGCAAUUUACUCAAGGUCUAGGUAUGAAGGACCUGCAUGGGAAGGACCCACAAACCCCUAGGAAAGAAAUGGUAUGGGGAGGCAUUUUUACAGAGCAAUCAGUUUUCCAUUUCCAAGUAACUCCUAGGAUUAGUGGGAAGUGUGGCAUCUUCCAUCUUCUGUAAACCCUAAAUCCCCAGUCCCCCUCAUCCCUUCCAAUGGAAAUAAGUGCAAGAGGCAUCCCUAAUACAGAGCACAGUCCAUUUUGUCUGUUUAUUCACCUAGAAGGUAGAGAAUUGGACACACACAGAUGUGGAAAGAUAAAUAUAAUCAGUUUUUCUAAGUCUGUUUCCUUAAAAAUAUAAAGCUAAAAAGUUUGUAUUAUCUUAAAUCUUUCCUUUCUCUUCGCAGCACUGAUCCAAAAGCCUUCCCCCUCUUUACAAUGGCUUCCCUCUCAGUGAGGGAAUAAAAGGGCUUGGCACAACAGGGAUCACAAUCAUUUUCAAUCUAAAAUUUACAAUAUGUUAUUUCCACAAUUGCAAGAUGCCUCAUUCUAAAGAAAGCCCUUCCAAUUUCCUAUGAUCUUUGUUAAAGUUUCAAAAUCCUAGAAACUGGAUUUUCUCAAAUAGUAACAUUGCCAAACCUUUAAAUUCUUGUACUUUUAAUUCUUCCAUAAUCUCUGUUUGGAAUGUCAAUCUAUUUUGAAAUAAAAAUUAUCUGAUCGUU